AUGGAGGAAAACACAAAAGCAGCAUCAGCUAAGGAGCUAUUAAGAAAGAUCCAGGAACUCGAAACUCUCGAAUCUCACCUCAAACAAAAAAUAUCAAAACUCAUGCUCUCUGGUAACCAGAAAAAACCUGAGCACCAAUGGUCUAAUUCAGCGUAUGGUGGACCAGAUGGUGCACACAAGCUUCGAAUCAUGGAGCCUUUAGCAAUGAAGCUAACAGAAACUCAGUUUUUAAAUAUAAUCCAGUCAAUGGAUUUGGCCAUACAUAUAUAUGGUCUUGACCUUCGGAUAUUCUUCUGGAACCAAGCUGCAGAAAAGCUUUAUGGAUAUACACCGGUUGAAGCUUAUGGAAAAACUCCCACAGAGCUUUUAGUGGACCCUAAAGAUGGUUCAUUAUCUGAUUAUCUCCUUGAACGAACGAUAAAUGGAGAGAGUUGGUCUGGGGAGUUUCCUAUAAGGAAUAAGAAAGGAGAAAGAUUUGUAGUUAUGGGAUCGAAUUCACCAUUUCGGAAUGAAAUCGGAGGAUUAGUUGGGGCUACGUGUGUUUCGAGUGCUUCAAGUCCAUAUCAUGUAAAGAAGCAUGCUAGACUUGGCUUUGAUUCUCAACAACCUCAACAUACAUCAAUUGCCUCGAAGAUAUCGAAUUUGGCUUCAAAGGUGAAGAUGAAAAUGAAGACGGGAGACAACUACACUAAUCAUGAAGAUGGGAUUGAUGUCGCGUAUGAUCAUAGUAAAGCAAGCACCACAAGGGGAAAUAUUUCGUCUCCAUUUGGAGAUUUUUUUUCCUCCAAAAGCGCAGAAGAUCAUUUUACCAGAAAACUCACGAUAGAUUAUGGAUACAAGAGUGAAAAGAAACCAGGGAUCCACAAGAUUUUUUCUUCAAAAGCAGAUGCAUGGAUGGGUAAAAAAACAAGUGCAUGGUCACAUAAAGGAAACGUAAGAGUAGAGUCUUUUGAUACUAUUUUUGGUCGGUUUGGUUGGCAACGGUUGGAUAUCAUUUACGAACAGGAGCCUUGCCUACAAAUGAGUUCUUAUGCUUCCUCGAAACUAGACCUUAAACUAUUGGAAACUACCAACAAGAGUAAUAACAAAAUUGAGGCUUUAGGGUUGUUGUUUUCUUCAUUACAUGUUAGUAGAAGUAUUACAAGUAACUCAAAUAGCUCUAGCAACAUUACGAGCAUAAAAAACAAUGCCAUCAUCAAAGUGGAGAGGGAAACUGAUAGCUUCAAUUACGAAAUCGUGUGGGAGGAUUUGAUAACAAAAGAACAGAUUGGACAAGGUUCAUUUGGGACUGUAUAUCGUGCACUGUGGUAUGGAUCAGAUGUUGCGAUCAAGUUAUUUGAAUAUCAAGAGUAUCCAGAUGAUGUGAUGGUAUCAUUUAAGCAGGAGGUAUCUAUCAUGAAAAAGCUUCGACAUCCAAAUAUUUUGCUCUUCAUGGGUUCGGUGACAUCAACUCCACAUCUAUGCAUUGUCACAGAGUUCCUUCCCCGUGGAAGUCUGUUUCGGAUACUUCAGCGAAAUACAACCCAAUUAGAUUGGAAACGUCGUCUCCAUAUGGCCAUGGAUAUAGCACGAGGCAUGAAUUAUCUUCAUCGUUGCAACCCACCCAUUGUUCACCGCGAUUUGAAGUCUUCAAAUCUUCUUGUGGAUAAGAAUUGGACAGUGAAGGUUGGUGACUUUGGUCUCUCUCGUGUCAAACAUCACACGUACCUCAAAACAAAGUCGGGGAGAGGAACGCCUCAAUGGAUGGCACCUGAGAUCCUACGUAACGAGGACACGGAUGAAAAGUAA